AUGCAACAGUUUGAGACGAGUGGAAUCCCAACAGAUCAGACCUUCGAAACGGAUAUUAACUCUACACAAGAACCAAUUGAAACAAAUAAUGAUUUAAAACAAGGAAUUGAUUAUUUUGAAUGCUACAAAAUUCCUAGCGAUACAUGCUUCGAUGAAGGUGACGUAUGGGUUUCCCCAGACAAAAAGAUUGUAAAAUUAAUUAUGGGCGAUAAAGUGAUACGAAAGUAUCGAUUCAAUGAACCAAUUAUAAACGCUGGAUUAAUUCAAUUCGAUAAAGAAUAUCAUUCACUAGCAAUAAUUUUACAAAAUACUGGACGUAUAUAUAAUUUAACUACAGGAAAUCAAUCUAUUAUAUCAUUUCCGUUUCCUAUUGGCGGGGCAUUCUGGUAUAGUAACGGAAUCAUAUUAGAGAGAGCCAUAGAUAAAAGAUUAAGCGAUCUAGAGUACCCACAUAAAUAUAUUACAUUGACAGAUCCGAUCGGACCCUUUGGGUUAGUGUCAUUUGCAAACAACCAGCUGGAUAUUUUGAAAUCAUCUAGAAUGGUAGCAUUUGCUAACUCUAAUUAUAAUAAUAAUUUUAGUGUUCUAUAUGAUAAUAACACUAAUAUGUUGAAUAUUUAUUACACAAGACUAUUAAAUAAUACAGUACAGAAAAUCAAUAGCAUUGAUAAAUCUCCUACAACACUACCUAAUAGUAAUGAAAUAAACAACACAACUAUUAUUAAUGAUAACUCUAAGUCGAUCAAGAAUAAAACUCUAAGAAGAAUGCUUUCAUCAAAGAGAAGAGUGACAUCGACAUCUACAAACGGAACGUCAACCAUAUCUGCCCUUUCUAGUAGUAAUAGACACAAUAACUUCUUGGCAUUAGAUUCAAAUGACGGAGAUCCAUUAUCACAAGUACAAACACCGUUAGCAAAUAAUGAUAUAUCGAUGACUAUGGGCCGAUUAUACAGCACUAAUUUAACACAGGAUAACCAAAUGAUUGGAGAUACAUUGGAACUAACGACAAAUAACAACAACUUAAUGAAUACAACUUUGACCUCCUUACAUUUGGAUAAUAACGUCAUGUUACCAAACCCACAACAAGAUGAUCUGAUCAAUCAAUCUAUAUUAUCGAAUGAUAUUUCCUUAGUGAAAGUAUCUUCGAUUUCUUUACCAAAUGAUAUUCGGUUUUUAUCAGAGAAAAGACUUCGUUCGCUUCGAUGUAUACCUCUAAGAUUUCAUCAACAGGAAGCUCUUGUUUUCUUUGAUAGGGAAAAUAAUUUUGCAAAAAUUUGGUCCAUAGAUAUGAUCUCUGAUGUGAUAAAUUCUACAUCAUUUAAAUUAUAUGGUAAUACACCAGAAAAUAUGAUCAAAUUAUCAAAUUUCCAAAAUAAUUUGUUAUACAAUUCUUUAAAUGAAAAACCAUUGAUGAUUACAGACAUAAUAUCAUGUGAUAUUAUAUUAAAACAAAAUGAGAUCCAGGGUACGUUAGCACUCAUUUAUGACGACAUCGAUAUGGUACUUUACAACCCAUUCCUUGAGCUAUAUUCACAUAUUAUACAUAUUCAACCUUUACAUUUUGACGUUCUAGAUAAAAAAGACAAAACAAGCAAGUUGUAUCUUGAAAAAUCUAUUUUUAUUUAUGUACAAAAUACGUUACUUUACCCAACUAACCAGUUUACAAAACAAUGCUUUACAGCUCUGAAAUUAAUAGUACCGGAACAUAUUUUCUUAUGCAUUCUCUUUAUUUGGCAGUUCCUACUUCACAAUGGUAUAGUCUCUAUGGAAAAUGAUUCUUCAUAUGAAUUCAGUGCGCUCUCAUAUGUGAUUAAAUUAUUAUUAGAAUUAUGCCUAAAUGGACCUAAUGACUCGAUAGAUGAAUCCUUACAGAAAAACCUGACCUUUAAAAUUAUACUAAACGAAUUAACAAAUAUUACGAACACUAUUCCGAAGAUUAUCAUGGGGUUUCAUCUCAUAAGAGAAGAAAUAUAUUUAAAUGUUCUCAGAAAGAAGGAUUUGUCAUUAUUGGAUGAAUUUUUGAGUUAUUCCGUGAAUAGAAUGAAUUGGCCUGCUCAGUGGAAAGAAUAUUAUCAAACUAAUAUUAAAAAACAAGAAGGACAACUCAAUCCCGAGAGUGAUAACUUUAGAACUAGUAUUUUUGCACAUCCCCUGGAUGAACCCCCCUCUAUAAUGAAAUCAUUAUAUAGUAUAACGGAAAACAGCCAAAUCCCACUUACCAAAUUUAUUAGCUUUUCAAGAUUGGUAGAUUCCAAUUCUGAUGUUGAUAUUCUUAUAACGCCACGUUGCUUUAAGACUUUACGUUUAUAUGAGAUAAUCCACUCUUCUGACUUUGUAAAUGAAUAUAUUUUAGAUAUCCUAUCAGAACUCAAAGUAUCAAACCUCGAAAUUGAAACAUCUCCAAUUGGUAUAAUGAAACCAUUGAAGGAAUUGCUACAUUUGGUGGAAGAUAUGAUUACCAAACCAGAUCAAAAUUUGAAUUUCUCAUUAAUAGCUAGGCCAGAUUUAGAGAGGAUUGUCACAAGUUCAAAAAAUAAGAAAGAAUUGCAUUCAAAUUUAGAUAACAAGACCGAAGACAAUAUCUUCAACUUUAAUUCAUAUCUCAAUAAUAAUGCAAAGAAAGAAACAACAUCUAACGUUUUUGAAGUUUUAGCAGACAUAAUGCGUACUUCUCAGGGUUUGGAAAAUGAAUUAUCAACAAGGAACAGCAACUCUGAUGAACCAUACAAUAGCUACCCCGACCAGAUAUCUAGCAAAAAUAAGGAUAUCGAAAUAAGACAGAACUCUGAUCUGAUAUUUGGUGGUGACCAGAGAUUCAAAGAUGCUUUAACACUAGUAAAUAAUUCUACCCCUCAACGAGUUCAUUUUAUAUCGACAAAGACUGAAUACACUGCUGUGCUCGCAAAGAGGAAAAUAUUUCUUCAAAUUAUUUCUCUACGACUAGCAACAGCAGGAUUAGGAUAUGGCGCAAUGCUCUAUGGAACAGAAACACCAUUAUCUACACAAAAAUGGCAUAUACCUGAAAUUUGCCAUACUGUAGUAUUCUCCAACGGAAGCAGAUUCAAUAUUACAUCCCAAGAAACUUCUGAUAUAAUUUCUAAGUGGGGUGAUUUCCAUACAGGUGUUGCAUCCGGUCUAAAAAUUACAAGAAACUCUUCAGAAAUAACUGGCAGUUGGAUAGCCUUCAACAGACCAGGAGUAUUAAAUGCUACAUUUGGAGGAUUUUUGCUUGGGCUAGGCCUAAACGGACAUCUGAAAAAUCUGGAAGAGUGGCAUAUCUACAACUUUUUGAGUCCAAAGAUAACUUUCGUAAGCGUUGGUCUAUUACUUGGAUUAUGUGCGAGUUCCAGAAAGUCAAAAGACUUCAAAAUAAUUAAGGUAUUGAGUGUCCAUGUUGUGGCUCUACAACCCCGUGGCUCUAGGGAUAUGAAUAUAAAUGUUGAAGUCCAAAUUGCUGGUUUGAUUGGUAUCGGACUAAUUCUGCAGCAGUCUCAGAAUAAGAAAAUCAGUUCUGCGCUUAUGAAAGAGUUUAAAGAUUUAAUUACUAUACAAGGGGAAGAAAUUGCAAUUGAAGAGUAUAGAAUUGCAGUAGGUAUAUCAAUAGGUCUAAUAAACUUAGGUUACGGAAGUAAAUUUAAUGGGUAUGAUAGUAAAACUUUUCAAUCUAAUACAUUAAAAAAUGCUAAAAAAUGGACCGAGGGAGAUCCAGAUGACAUUGGUGUCUCCUCAAAAUAUGCUAUAUUCUCCAACGAUACUUUAAUAAGCAAAUUACUUUCAAUAUUAAAUGAUAAUACAGAACAAGAAAAAUCUUGGAUUCUUGAAAAUUCACAAAUCGGAUGCAUCAUAUGCUUAAUGUUUAUGUUUUUGAAAACAAAUAACGAAGACAUUGCAAAUACCAUUAGAUUAAGUAUAUCAGAGUCAGUCGCCAUUUGUAGACCUGAUCUGUAUAUGUACAGAGAAUGGACUUACUAUAUGGUGUUAUGGAAUGAAAUAGACUAUUCAUUAGACUUUAUCCUAAAUGGCAUACAUGAUAGUACAUUAAAGGGAGAUCUUGAUAGCGACAACCUACCGAUAUAUUAUACGAUAGCUGGAAGAAUUCUUGCUAUUGGCAUCAAAUAUGCAUCGACGAACAAUCUCAAAGUCCGUAACAACAUGCUAAUCCUAAUUGACACAUUUUUACCAUUUUAUCAGUAUUCAAAAGAAGAGAAUAGUACUUUUGGCAGUAGUGCUGAUUUUAAAUUAGCGAUUAAAGGUAUCGGAGUGUUAAUAAAUACUCUGAUUGUAUCUGCAAGCAUGGUAAUGUGUGCGACAGGGGAUAUCGAGGUUCUGCGUAGAGUGAAGUACCUACAUGAAGUUGUAACUGGAAAAUUUUCAGAUUUAUAUAGACAAAUGCCGACCAACGACGAUAACAACAGGGAGAGAAUGGAUGACACAGUUUUAUCAUCUGCAAUGUCGAAUGAUGAAACAAACGCAACGUUAAAUGUACCAACUGUAACUUCUGAUUUCCAAAAUGAUUUGGAUAAUGAAGAUGCUGAAAUACUAGGGGAGGAAGGCGUCGAAGAGCUUAUCAGAAAAAAGAUUCGGGAAGAAAUUGAUAACGAAUGUCAUUAUGGUAAAUACCUUGCAACAAAUACUGCCUUGGGAUAUUUAUUCUUAGGUUCUGGACAAUAUGCAUUAAAAACUUCAAGUUUAGAAAACGUCGCUUACAUUGUUAUGUCUAUAUUACCUCUUUACAUGGAACCAUAUCCAUUCCAGGAAUUGAAGCAUUUCUGGAGUUUAGCCGUGGAACCUAGGUGCCUAGUAAUAAAAGAUGCGGUCACUAACGAGCCUAUUAACUCUGUCACUGUCGAGGUAACUUAUGAUACCAGUGAGGAUUCCAAACUUGAUCCUUUGUAUGAGAAAAUUUCGAUAACAACCCCGUGCUUACUCCCAGAUAUUACAACAUUAAAGACGAUUGAGGUACAUAGAGAUAACUAUUACCCAUUAGAGUUGGAUUUUAAAAAUUACAUAAACGCUACCCAUUACUUCAAAGAAGGUACUGUUAUCUAUAUUCAACCGAAACCUUCACAAAAGAGAUGUUACAACAACAUUAAUGAUAUUCGAGGUGCUCUCCAAGAGAAAAUGGAUGUAUUCCAUAAGGGAGUGGAAAAUCAAAGUCAAAGUACAUCUUUGGAAGAACUAAAUAAAGAGGAUGAAGCUAUGAUGGAAUUAAAAUUAAAGUUAAGUUUAGACAAGAAAAUGACUCAAAAGUUAGAUGAUUCCGAUAUUUACAACCAUGACAUGUUGUGCUCCGAUGAAAAUAGUGGUGACGUUGCAGACUAUAUGGUUGAACUUUGGAAAAUGAAUGAAACAAAAUUUACUGAGAAAUGA